UGGAGGAGUAGUACACCAGAGUGCCCGGAUGUCGGCUGCUCGUACGGUAUAAGUAGAGCAAUGAAGGCGGGAGGUGUAUUACUUUGAAUUGUAGCGCCGGAGGGAUUUGCUGUUUCCUUUGUCUGUUUUUUAACGGAACUACCGAUUUGUUGUAUAAUGGCUGGUGGUAAAGCUGGGAAAGACUCUGGAAAAACCAAGACAAAGGCGGUUUCCCGCUCGCAGCGGGCCGGACUGCAGUUCCCGGUUGGUCGUAUCCACAGACAUUUGAAGUCCAGGACCACAAGCCAUGGGCGUGUGGGAGCAACGGCAGCAGUGUAUAGUGCGGCCAUUCUGGAGUAUUUGACAGCGGAGGUCCUUGAGUUGGCAGGAAAUGCGUCUAAAGACUUGAAGGUAAAGCGUAUCACACCUCGCCAUCUGCAGCUUGCUAUUAGAGGUGACGAAGAACUGGAUUCUCUCAUCAAGGCUACAAUCGCUGGUGGUGGUGUCAUCCCUCACAUACACAAGUCCCUGAUUGGCAAGAAAGGACAACAGAAGACUGUCUAAUGAUCUGCUGUGAGAUUUCUGGACUGUCUAGACAGUGUCCAGUGUUGCAGUAGUGGACUGUAAAACAAAACAUGACUUGCUUUUGUAAUAGUUUUAGACUUGGGACCCCUGGAGCUGUAUUUAAGCAUUCUAUUUUCAAACCAUUUUGGACUUUGUCUUAAGGUUUUAAGUGUUACUGUGGCUUCAGAGAAGCUGUUUUGAUUCUAAAGUAGAUGUUCUGUAGCGUGUGGUCAACUUGAGUUAACCGUUGGGUUUGUACACCUAAAUUGGGAAUUUAUCGUGUGAUUUAAAUUUGUGCAGACAGUUUUAUAAUUUCUACUGGCUUGUCUGUCCUCUUGGACAGAAGUGUGCUUUAACAAGUUUGAAAGUUUUAUGACUUGUACUGGUUUUGGCUGUCCACCUCUGUGGAUAUUAAAAGGAAAGAAAAUAA